UCCUGAAGCGCGCUUUCGAGCCACCGCGAGCUCCUCUGGCGGCGGCGGCUGCGCGCCCCGGAGAGGUUCAUCCACAGCCCUGAACGACAAGAUCUCCAGUUUGUGAAAGACCUUCCCACCCCACCCUGAUUUAACAGCUCCUUUGGCACUGCUAGUUAAAUUUCCUGACCUGCAGUUCCAUUGUUCACAUGGAUGAAUUUUUUUGAGCCUGUGAGCCUUCAUAGACACACCUGUUCACUGAAGUCAAAGUGAAUAAAGAAAAAUGUGGAGAGUCAGGAGGAGCUCAGUGCAGCUUUCCCAGAGAAAAUGUCAGCUUCAAAAAUGGAAGCCCAGUGUCUCGGUGAGAGAGGGAGCUUUUUUAAACUAAUUGACACAAUUGCUUCAGAGAUCGGAGAACUGAAACAAGAAAUGGUACAAACAGAUCUGGUGCUGGAAGAUGGACUCUCCAAGUUACAAAGCCUAGAGAAAGAUACAGGUGAUGUGCGUCCAGAUCAAAAAGAUUUUAGAAAUAUCAUUCGAGAUUCUGGAUAUGACAGCCUGCCGAAUAAACUCAGCAUACUAGAUAAGCUUCUUCAUACUCACCCUAUCUGGUUACAGCUUGGCCUGAGUGAUGCAGAAGCAGUGGAAGUUCUACAGUCACAACCCUCUGGAACCUUCCUUGUUAGGAAAUCCACAAAAAUGCAAAAGAAAGUCAUAUCCCUACGACUACCAAAUGAAUGUGGAUUGUGCCUGAAAGAGUUUGCAAUAAAAGAAAGCACAUAUACCUUUUCCUUGGAAGGCUCUGGAAUAAGUUUUGCUGAUUUGUUCAGGCUUAUAGCUUUCUACUGUAUUAGCAGGGAUGUCUUGCCGUUCACCUUGAAAUUACCUCAUGCUAUUGCAACAGCAACAACAGAGGCACAGCUUGAAGAAGUGGCUCAGAUGGGAUUAAAUUUCUGGAGUUCUCCAGCUAACAACAACAGACUGCAAAAUCCAUCACCUCUCCAGAAGCCUCUGCCUUCAGAGAGCAUUUAUAAAGACUCCCAGCAGCUCUGCCUUAUAAAUGGAGUUCAUUCUAUAAGAACGAGGACGCCUUCGGAGCUGGAGUGCAGCCAAACCAAUGGAGCCUUGUGUUUUAUUAAUCCACUGUUCUUGAAAGUGCAUAGCCAGGACGUCAGUGGAAAUCUGAAAAGGCAGUGCCCAAGAACUCAAGAUGUGAAUGGCCCAGAGAGGUCCCGUUCUCCCCCACCCAGACCUCCCCCACCUUCUAUUCAUAGCCUCCUUGCAAGUCCUCAGCUGUCCAGGACUGUAAACCAGGCAAGUCUGCCAGAAACUGUCAACCACAGCAGAGAACGGAACGUGGAUGGGCUACAGAAGAGGCCAACCCCUAUCCCGCCGCCUCGCCUGAAGAAGAAGGCACUCUCUUUAGAAGCAGGGAGCACUGCAAACAGCUCAGCUGUAAUUGGACCAAGCCGUAACUCAGUGCAUGGCUCAGAGGCUGCUAGCAUUCCAGGUGGAGCCCCGCCUCAGCAAAACUUAGCAGAGAGCAAAAAGAGCUUAGCUGCACACUGUGAGUCACAAGUGCAGUGGAAUGGAGGCCGGCAGAGACUGAGCGACAUGAGCCUGUCCACCUCUUCCUCUGACUCGCUGGAUUUUGAUAGGAGCAUGCCACUCUUUGCUUAUGAUGGGGAUACUAACAGCAGCCUGGAAGAGUAUGAGGGGGAAAGUGACCAAGAGAGCAUGGCACCACCUCUGAAGCCCAAAAAGAAAAGGACUGGCUCUUUUGUCCUCCCCAAAAUUGUUAAAUCCCAGCUACGGAAAGUGAGUGGUGUCUUCAGCUCUUUCAUGACCCCAGAGAAGAGGAUGAUCAAGAAAAUCGCAGAGAUGUCUCGCGACAAGCGGACCUAUUUCGGUUGCCUGGUCCAGGACUACGUAAGCUUCCUGCUGGAGAACAAGGAGUGCCAUGUUUCCAGCACAGAUAUGCUUCAGACCAUCCGGCAGUUUAUGACCCAAGUCAAGAGCUACUUGUCUCAGAGCUCUGAACUAGAUCCUCCCAUUGAAUCUCUCAUCCCAGAAGACCAAAUAGAUGUGGUGUUAGAGAAAGCCAUGCAUAAGUGCAUCCUGAAGCCCCUCAAGGGCCAUGUUGAAGCAAUGUUGAAAGAUUUCCAUAUGGCCGACGGCUCCUGGAAGCAGCUAAAGGAGAACCUCCAGCUUGUCCGGCAGCGGAAUCCUCAGGAGCUGGGGGUGUUUGUCCCAACGCCAGACUUUGUAGAUGUUGAAAAGAUUAAGGUCAAGUUCAUGACCAUGCAGAAGAUGUACUCUCCUGAAAAGAAAGUCAUGCUGCUACUCAGAGUGUGUAAACUGAUUUACACAGUCAUGGAGAACAAUUCAGGGAGAAUGUAUGGCGCUGAUGACUUCCUGCCUGUGCUGACCUAUGUUGUUGCUCAGUGUGACAUGCUGGAAUUAGAUGCUGAAAUUGAGUAUAUGAUGGAGCUGCUGGACCCAUCCUUGCUGCAUGGAGAAGGGGGCUACUACUUGACAAGUGCAUAUGGAGCACUUUCUUUAAUCAAGAAUUUUCAAGAAGAACAAGCAGCAAGACUGUUGUGUUCAGAGGCCCGAAACACCCUUAGACAAUGGCAUAAGCGGAGGACAACAAACAGAACAAUUCCCUCUGUUGACGAUUUUCAGAACUACCUACGGGUUGCGUUCCAGGAAGUAAACAGUGGGUGCACAGGAAAAACCUUGCUAGUUCGACCGUAUAUUACAACAGAAGAUGUGUGUCAGCUCUGUGCUGAGAAGUUUAAAGUGGACAAUCCUGAUGAUUACAGCCUGUUUCUUUUCAUCGAUGACACCUGGCAGCAGCUGACAGAAGACACCUAUCCUCAGAAAAUCAAAGCUGAACUGCACAGUCGGCCACAGCCCCAGGUCUUCCAUUUUGUUUAUAAGCGCAUCGGCAGUGACCCCUAUGGGGCCAUUUUUCCAAAUGACAACAGCGACCACACUUCAUAAAGUUGACACUUCUCUUUGCUGUAUUUUAAGUGCUGAAAAAAAUCCUUUAUGCACUGAGUGAAUUGGUUUUGACAGUAAGUGUUGUUCAGGUUCCUGAACUAAAUGCCCAGUAAGUAUAUGAACAACUCUUCUCACUGACUAUAAAUCAGGUGGGCAAAAUGAAGCCCCAUGUGUCAAUGCAAAAAGGGGGGAAAAAAGGUGUUUUCUCACUUCUUGAAGCCUUUAGGAGUGGUUGUUUUGCAAUAAGGUGGGAGCAGGGCUCAUUACCCAAACAAACCCACAAAAAUGAAUCUGGAAAUGAAAUUUUGACAACACUCAGUUUUGAUAUUUUUGUACUUUUUGCUCAUUGUUAGGGCUGCUGGUGUAGCCUCCAGUAACUGUGGCUAUAAUACUGACCCUCUGGCCCCUCCAAAGCUACCCCUCCCUGCUGUAAAUAAGCAUAAACAGAACAAUUAGGAAGUUGUACACUGUAGAACAGCAACACAACAGUGUACUGUCACUGGAGCUGACCUUCAUGGAUCUUGGUCUUCUCAAAUACAGUGCAGUAUAUCCAUCUGCAAAUCUGUACUGUAUUUUAUUCAUAUCCUUAGUUCAAGCACUAUUUUCAUUUAAAUAUUCAGAUGGACAGACCUUUUGUAAAGUAGCUGGUAGACUGUCCAUCUCAGCAAUACUAUCCGAUGCAGGGCAUCAGUAAUCUCUGUUACAUGGAUGGUAAUAGCCUUCUUGUAAAAUAGUUGUUUCAUUAUUAUUAUUACUUUACAGAAGGCGACAUGAUUUUAUAUAUUUCACAGAAAUUUUAUAGCAGUUGCAGGUUAACUGUCAUGGUUAGUUUUAAAAUAUUUUUUUAAACUAUGAAAUAUUCUAUAAUUAUGCAUGUGAUUUUUAACACUUAAUAUACAAAAUAAAUCUCUUGCUGGUUUUAGAGUAUUACAAUGAAUAUUUUUGUGAUAUUUUUUGUCUUUUUAUACCCUGAUUUAAGGGCUUCUUUUAAGUAUCAAACAUCAAUUUUUUAAAAAAUUGAUAUGAUUCUGUAAACAAUUUGAAUUUUUGACAUUGGCUGCCAAAGCCUUCAAAACCUGAUUUACCAAUUUAUGAAUUAUUAUUUGUAUACUACAAUCUUGAGCGGACAGGAAGAAGAUUGAGAUAUGAGGGAUUUGAAAUGUGUGAAUAUAAAGAGCAGGGUAGUGUAAGGAGGUAGGAAGCCUGCUUUAGGAAUGAAAAGUGUCAAGGGACGUGUUCAGAAUCACUUAAUACUAUUAGAUGCUCCUUAAUACACAUUAACAAGUGUUGUAGUGCAGAGCUGAAGACAAAGAACAAGGGUAACUGGGAUGGGUUUUUUAUCCUCUUGUGGUUCAGUGUAUGAUCGUGGGAUGCUGAUUCUGCUUCCUGAUGGACAUUGCUAAGGGUAAAAGCGGGUUAUAGUUACUCAAAUAAAUACAGUGACAUUGUGAAGAAAA